AAUUUUCUGGAUUGUUGAUUCUGCCGUGUUUUUUAUCUGGCCUUUUAGUGACGAUGCUUCUCAAAAACCGCGCCGUCCUUUCCCUCGGGCUUCGCCUGUGCUCCACACAUGUGACAAAAGGACAACUGGUUGAACCAGGAAGACCCAGUUCAGACAUGUCUGAAUUCCGCAAGGCUUUCUCCAAGGCCAAGCACAUAGCGAUCAUCACCGGAGCAGGCGUGGGUGCAGAGAGUGGCAUACCAACCUUCAGAGGAGAACAUGAGAAGUGGAGGAAGUGGCAUUCUCAGGACCUCGCCACUCCAGAAGCCUUCUCCCGCACCCCGUCCCGGGUCUGGGAGUUCUACCAUUACAGGAGGGAGCUGGUGCUGGACAAGAAGCCCAGCGCCGUUCAUCUGGCCAUAGCGGAGUGCGAAGCCCGGCUGAAGAAGCAGGGGCGCUCCGUGGUYGUCAUCACGCAGUGCAUAGACGACCUGCACCGACAGGCCGGGUCCAAACACGUGCUCCAGAUCCACGGCAGUCUGAUGGAGACCCGCUGUGUGAGUUGUAGGCAAGUGACCGGGAACAGGCGCAGCCCCAUAUGUCCUGCCUUACUUGGCACAGGAGCACCUGGUCCAGAUGUUCCUGACGCCCAGAUUCCUGUUGACAAGCUGCCAAGGUGUGAAGACAGAGACUGCCAAGGUCUUCUGAGGCCCAAUGUGGUCUUUUUUGGGGAGACUCUGGACUCUCAUCUCCUGACCAUGGUGGAAAAAGAAAUCGAAACCUGCGAUCUCUGUCUGGUGGUGGGGACGUCUUCUAUCGUUUACCCAGCAGCCAUGUUUGGACCCCGGGUAGCAGCCAGAGGCGUUCCAGUGGCAGAGUUUAACACAAAUACAACACCGAAAACAGAGUACUUCAUGUACCAUUUCCACGGUCCAUGUGGAACUACGCUGCCUCAGGCUCUGGCACCACACGAGUCAGAAGAAAUCUAGACUCAUCAUUCUCGAGUUUUGUUUUUAGACAAAACUCUUUCUUCUUCCACAGUUUGAUGCAAUCCAAAGCUGAGAGAUUUCAUCUGUUUCUAAAGAUCGAAAAGUACAAAAUAACUUUAGAAAUGUUAGGAUAGAUCUCUUUAUACUUGAAACUCUAACCUACUAACUGGAAUUAAAUUGACUGCUUAGGAAUGAAGCAGGAAGUAUGCAUUAAUAAAAGAAAGGGAACACUCUAUGCACAUAUAGCUGUUUGCAUAGACWAAGAUCUCCCUCCUUCAGAUCAGACAACAUGCUCUAAUGCAGUGCUGUUGAAAAUAACAACAUACUACUUCAGCUUUUCUUUUUCUAUCCAAUGAGCACGUAUACAGAUAUAAAGUUGUGCCUUUUUCCUAACUAUUUACUUAUUCUUAACCAAACGCUUGCUUUUAAAAAGUACAAAUCAGUGUUACAAAGAUUUAAUAAAACGGUCAGUUAACUGAAAAAAGGGGGAAAAGGAAAAACCUGCAAAAUUUACUUCCUGUUUUGUUUGACUGUUGCAUGACAUGGAUUAUUCAUGAGACAUUUUUAAAAACAUUUUCAGUGUCUGUUAUAUAUCUUGAUGAUGCUGGAAGUUGUCUGGAAAAGGAAAGAAAUCAAUUUGAUAAGUGAACAAUUAUUUUGUCUGCAAAGAGUACGCACAGCUGUUUCUUAUGUUUUACACUGCCAGUCCAUUUAUACAAAGCAGAACUAAUAAAACACUCCAUGGAUCCAUGCUGAUUUUGUGUUAUUGUGCAAAUAAAAAAAACAUGACUAAAACUCA